CCCCAACAACCCUCCACGGCACGUCCCCCUUGUCCGAUCAGCUCGUGCUACCCGAGAACUGCGGGAGAGAGAGAGAGAGAGAGCAUUACUUCUCUGCAUUUAAUCGCUAUCGUCUUCGCCGCUGGCGCUGAACGACGUCGAAGAAUGAGUAAAGUGAUGCCAGAUGAGCACGACGAGCGAACAUUUUGCGUGUAUGAUACAGAUGCGGCGACGAUGUAGGGCCUGUCGGCAUUUGGGCUUCUGCUGAUAUGUUUGGGGUUCCUUUACGACGUCACCAAAUGCCUCUACUUCGGAAGAAGUCUCACGAGCGGAACCUCAAUCACCUUUGCCAUCUCCUUCGUCGUCGUUUCCUGCUAUUCUUUUCAUUAACUCAGUGAAAGAGAAAAAUAUCAAUAGGGAAAGGAAGAACAAGACUAUAAAUUCAACAAGAUUACCUCAUUCAAACUCAGUCUUGGAGUAUUUGGGAUUGGGAGAUAAGAGAUUCAGAAUCCAGAGAGCCCAAGAAUCUCCUUCCUUCUGUUGGAGGCCAGGGUGGGGUUGUUGAGCUUCCUGAUAGAGCAUUCACGAUUAUCUGCAGAGCUAUCAAAGGGGACCAACUAUGCCUACCCCUGGUGGAAUCGAUGCUCCAGCCAAGCUUCAGGGAAGAUAUUCUGCAUUGGUAUUAUGUUGGAUUCUUGGAUAUGGGAGCCUUAUGUCGUGGAACAGUAUGCUCACGAUAGGAGAUUAUUAUUUGGUGGUGUUUCCGACAUACCACCCUUCAAGGGUACUAACACUUGUGUAUCAACCUUUUGCAUUUGUAACAAUUUCUAUACUCGCAUACCAUGAAGCAAAGAUCAAUACAAGAAAACGGAACUUAUUUGGAUAUAGCCUUUUCUUCGUUAGUUCGCUUAUGGUUCUAGUUGUGAAUCUAGCUACAUCUGGGAAGGGGGGAGUUGGACCUUAUAUUGGUAUAUGUGUAAUUAGCGCUUGCUUCGGAGUUGCAGACGCUUUUUGUCAAGGUGGAAUGGUUGGAGAUCUCUCUUUAAUGCCUCCUGAGAUGAUCCAAUCUUUCUUUGCUGGUCUGGCUGCAUCAGGGGCUCUAACCUCUGGUUUGAGGCUAAUUACAAAAGCUGCCUUCCAGAAUUCUAAUAAUGGUCUUCGCAAAGGAGCUAUUCUUUUCUUUGCUGUCACAUCACUUUCCGAGCUGCUAUGUGUUCUUCUUUAUGCAUUCACCUUUCCCAAACUAUCAAUUGUAAAGUAUUAUCGUUCAAAGGCAGCCUCAGAAGGAUCAAAAACUGUUGCAGCUGACCUUGCUGCUGGUGGCAUUCAAACAAUACCAAGCCAAGACGAAGAAGAUCAAAAACCACUAGAGCGCCUGUCAAACAAAGAAUUAAUUUUUCAGAACAUAGAUUAUUUAAUUGACCUCUCUCUGAUAUAUGUGCUGACAUUGUCAAUUUUCCCGGGAUUCUUAUCUGAAGAUAGUGGCUCUCAUAGCUUGGGUUCAUGGUAUGUAGUUGUUCUAAUUGCAAUGUAUAAUGUGUGGGAUCUGGUUGGAAGAUAUGUCCCCCUCAUAAAAGGCCUAAUGAUAAAGUCACGAAAGGGCUUAUUGAUCUCGAUUAUUUCCCGUUUCUUAUUUAUUCCGGCAUUCUACUUCACAACCAAAUAUGGAAGUCAGGGUUGGAUGCUCAUGUUGACAUCCAUUUUGGGAUUGUCCAAUGGUUACCUCACUGUUUGUGUCAUGACUGCAGCACCCAAAGGUUACAAGGGACCGGAACAAAAUGCCCUGGGGAAUUUGCUUGUAUUAUUUCUUCUUGGAGGCAUAUUCGCAGGGGUAACACUCGAUUGGAUGUGGCUCAUAGGCAAAAGUUGGUGAGAUGAUACACAUUUUUAAACCAUGAAUGGGAUCAUCUUCUCUCAAUGAAGGAAGUCUGUUUUCUCCAAAAUAGGAGAUAUUCAUCAUUACACGAGAUCUUUGUUGUCUUUGAUCGGAUCCAUGUAGCCUACCCCAUUUACUUGGGAUAAGGCUGAUUUUUUGUUUUUUUUUUUUUUUUUCCACCCAGAAGAAGAAAACACUAAACAGCAUUAUGUAAAUUAUACAUCAUAUCCAACUUAUAUUGGAUUAUUGUUGAUCUUUCUACUA